AUGCAUCAGAACCAGAGCUACUUGCACCCUCAAAUGUUUUGGACUACUCAACAUGCAAAUCCCACAUUACCAAACCACCCCAACGUGUUCCUACCACAACCACCUUUCCCGGACUUAAGGAAAAAGAGAAGUAAAGAUGGCACCUGUACUUGUCUGCUGAUUAUUUUCCUUCUGGUUUUGCUUGCCCUCACUGGUGUUGGAUUGGGAACCUACAAAAUUGUAGAGCUGCAGAGGGAACUGGACCAGAUCAAGGAGAUUUCUGGUGAUACAGAAAACACUCCAAGCAUGGAAAAGCUAGUGGACCUGGGCAAACAGUUAGAGAAGAAAGAAGGCAGAUUGGCUGCACAUGUAACAGGAAAAGAAGGCAAAAGUUUGCCAUUGGCGUGGGAGGACACAUUUGGACGUGCAUUUACAGCUGGUAUUCAGUACAAGAACAGGGGACUAAUAGUGAAUCAAACAGGCCUGCACUACUUGUAUUCCUCUGUUUAUUUCCGGGGGACUUCCUGCCAGAACAAGAAGUUGGCCCAUGUGGUCUACAAGAAGUCCUUCAGGUAUCCAAGUGAACUGAAUCUUAUGGAAAAUGUAGAAUAUCACCGCUGUGCCGACAGUGGCAUCUGGGGUAGACAUAGUUACCUUGGAGCUGUAUUCAACCUUACUAUCUAUGACAUCCUGUAUGUUAACGUCUCUGAUGUUAGAUUAGUCAAUUUUGAUGAAUCAAAGACAUUUUUUGGAAUUUAUAAAUUAUGA